AUGGCAACGAAUGAGGUUCCAGCAUCACAAAUAGAUAAUCAAAAUCAUAAUAUAAACAAUAUUCCUUUGUAUGCCGAAUCAAAAAUGACACGUCAACAAGCUAUACAUGAAAUAGGUGAUAUUAUUUUACGUUCUAAUAUGAAACCACGAUUAGUUAAAUAUACAUUACAAUUAUUAAAAAAACUUUUACCAUCUGAUAAUACAUUACCAAAUACAAUUGAUGAACUUUUUCGUGCUAUGAUGUCAUCUGAAAAUGAUUGGCGUUUGACACAAUAUUUUAUAAGACAUAAAGAAUGUCCGUCCAUUUUAUCAGCAUCAUCAAAUAUAUGCAAUGAAAAUUCAAAUAGAUCAAUCAAUCUUGAUAGCUCAUUGUCAACAGAACAACAAGAUGAAUAUAAUAUUUCAGUACAAUCAUCAUCAUCAAGUUCCGAUGAUGAAAAUCCUUAUGAAAAGCUACAAAAAUAUUUACGACCAAUCACUGAUAUAGCAAGAGAUUUUAAUCUAAACUAUACAACAACAUUACCUAUCAACAUCAAUCAACGAUUACAAUUAGCAUCUAAUUCAAUUAAUCCAUCAAAGUUUUUGGAUGAAUUUAAUCGAUUAAUAAGUGAAACUACAUCAACAGUAUCUACUAAUGAACAAGAUUUAUUUGAUACAACAAGAAUAUUUGAUGAUACUGAUAAUGAUACAUUACAUUAUUCAAUAUCGAAUGAUAAUAAAAAAUUAUGUUGUUUUGAAAUAAAUGGAUAUGAUGUACUUAAUGGUGGUAAACGGUGUCAAUACUAUUAA